AUGAAGAAAAUUUCAACAAUACAGUUUGUGCUUUUCUUUCGUAUCGGAGAUCAUCGCAAUUCGUCUCUCCGGAAGAUUUUUCAAAACUCCAACCGUUACGGCGAUGAUAGCACGAUUGAAGUCAGAAAAUUCUUCUAUAUCACUUCCUUCACGAGUUGGAGGAUUCAUCCGUGA